GCAUGGAGGGGUGACACGUGGAGUUUUGUGGUACGUCCAAACCUGAUCCCUCAUAUUAUCCAUGCAAAAACCGGAGAGAUGGAAUUAGUAUAAAACCCCAAUGAAAACUCCGACGACUGAUCACAUCAACCUCUUCCACCGUUGUGGUGAUCAAUGUCUGCAACAGCCGCCGCAUUUACACCCAAUUUCAACACUCCAUCUCUCAAGAAACCCUCCGCCACCGUUCCCACUUGUAUUGCAAGGCUGAGCAACACCUCAUCAUCCUCCACACCUCCUCCUUCUACUCCAAGCCUCAUCCGUAAUCAGCCCGUUUUUGCUGCCCCAACUCCGAUCAUCACCCCCACUUGGAGAGGAGACAUGGGAAACGAAUCGUAUGAGGAGGCCAUUGCUGCACUUAAAAAACUUCUAAGUGAGAAGGGAGAGUUGGCACCUGUGGCUGCAGCAAAAAUUGAUGCAAUCACAGCUGAGCUUCAAACACCAAACUCCAAACCAGCAUUUGACCCUGUUGAGAGGAUCAAAACUGGAUUUGCGAAAUUCAAGACUGAAAAAUAUAUAACUAAUCCAGCUUUGUAUGAUGAACUUUCAAAAGGCCAGAGCCCAAAGUUUAUGGUGUUUGCAUGCUCAGACUCCCGGGUUUGCCCAUCACACGUGUUGGAUUUCCAGCCUGGCGAGGCAUUUGUUGUCCGUAAUGUAGCCAACAUGGUUCCUCCAUUUGACAAGGUUAAAUAUGCUGGAGUAGGAGCUGCUGUUGAGUAUGCAGUUCUGCAUCUCAAGGUGGAGCAAAUAGUUGUAAUUGGACAUAGCCGUUGUGGUGGGAUCAAGGGUCUAAUGACCUUCCCAGACGAAGGACCUCACGUUACUGAUUUCAUCGAGGACUGGGUCAAAGUUGCUCUCCCUGCAAAGUCAAAGGUGAAAGCAGAGCAUACCAGUUCAACUCUUGAUGAUCAAUGUGUAACCUGUGAAAAGGAGGCAGUCAAUUUGUCUCUUGCAAACCUGUUGACUUACCCAUUUGUAAGAGAUGGACUAGUGAAGAAAACACUGGCACUUAAGGGUGGACACUAUGACUUUGUUAAUGGGACAUUUGAGCUGUGGGGACUUGAUUUUGGACUUUCUCCUACUACUUCUGCUUGAUUGAUAUUCACACUUGUAUUUUAUAUAAUUCCAUCUUUACCCUUCACUCUUUUGUUCCACUUGAAUUUCACCUACCAUCUCUACUUGUAAUAAUUCUGGUCUUUCAAGUUUGAACCUCUUCUGAUAUAAUAAAUCAAGUCUUUGAUAUGUAUGCAUAUGCUUAAUCUAUCAUUUCUUAUAUUAAUUAUAUUUCGGAAUGAUUUUUCUAUGCAUAAUAGGACACUGCUAAUUUAGGCGAGAUUAACCAAAAUUUAGAAAUUAUGCCUAACUAACUAAAAUCUCCUACCUAAAGAUAGCAUGUGGAAAUAUCUCAUUUCAUGCUAUUUACAUUACAAAUUAAAUAAAGGGUUAAAUAUCAUAAAAAAACAACCUUAUAUUUUGGGUUUUUCCGGAUUAAACCUCAACUUUAACUUUUUCUUAAAAUAGACCUUGCAUUUUUUCAUUUUUUCCGAUUUGACCCUUUUAGUAGGUUUACUAGUAAUCUUCUGGUUUUACACAUUUUUUUCCAGAAAAAUCCUCAAAAAAAAAAAAAUUUCCGAAAACCCUCUCAGAUUUUUACUUUUUCUCCAAAAAAAUCCAUCAAUUUGUUUCUCGAAAAUUGUCAAAUAUGAGGGGGUUUUUUAGAAAAAAAAAAAAA